CCUUCUUACUGUCCAAGGAACAGACAAGCCCACUUUAAGUUCCGAAGACAAUUUCCGCAUUUUGCACAAUAAUAUAGUAACUGUAGCAGUGUAGGUAUAAUACUGCAACUGGUCCUGCAAGUUUGUCUCAGACCCGUACAACACUAUUGCCGAAUCAUCUAUCCUCAGAAGACAAGCGAGUAUAUUCUGCCAUGUUGUCUUCACCUCCGUCAAACUUUUCCUGGGUGGAACCUCAGAAGUUGGCGGGAAUGGCUUUCCCCAGAAUGCCGUCAGACUAUCGCUAUCUAUUCGACAAUGGCAUAAAACAUCUGGUCUGUUUAUGUGAACGAAAACCACCUCACUACGACACCUGUCCAGGGGUGACACUGCACCACAUAAAUAUAACAGACUUCUGUCCGCCUACUCCAGACCAAAUUCAGAGGUUUCUUUCAAUCGUGGAGGAGUCCAACACUAAAGGCGAGGGCGUAGCUGUGCACUGCAUGCAUGGGCAUGGGAGGACCGGGACCAUGCUAGCCUGCUAUCUGGUGAAGACCAGGAAAAUGACUGGGAUCGAUGCCAUCAAUGAGAUCCGCAGGCUGCGUCAAGGGUCCAUAGAAACGCACGAGCAGGAGAAGGCUAUAGUACAGUUUUAUCAACGCAUCAAAUAGCUAAAUAGACCCAUCAUAAACUAGAAUCUGUUGUUACAAAAUCAAGUGGCUAAUGGGGCCUUACAGGAUACUUGUCUCUGAUUGAAACGCUACAAUGUGACAUAAUUCAUGCUGUAUCUUUCGGUUUUAUAAAAACUGCACAAACAUGUCGAUUUGAGUAUGACAUAGGAAGUGAGAAUACUCACUAAAGCUAAACUAACACGGCAACAACUUUACAGCUAGAUACAAACUCCUGCUAUGCUAAACACUAUUGUUCUACAGAACAUAGAUCUGGCUAGUUUGUGUCUUUGUAGACAUAUUUCUUUUUCUUCCUGGGCUGCAUAUGUUGAUUAAUAUGCUGUCUGGGGGAGGUCUCAGGAAGCUUCCAGAGCUUUGACGUUGGCUGUGGCUCUGGAGCCCAACAUGAAGAGACCCUGACGCUCCUUAAAACUGAGCUUUUCUGGGGCCUUUUCUCUCCUCAAGGUCUCUCUCUGGUCUCUGUGAUUUAAUGACAGAAGGAUAAAUGUUAAUCGCUGGUCUGGAUGAUGGAUGUUAUUAUAUAUAUCGGAUGUAAUUUAUGUUGUUGGGAAUACUUGAUACAAUGUAGAGUAAAGCCACAUGUUGAUUGUUUUGUUAAGAUAACUUUUCCUUGGGAAUACUUGAUACUGAGUCGUGUGUAAAUGUGUGAAGACUUACUCCUCUGGUUUCAUGGUAUGCAAGUCAAGUUUGUCAGAUCCAUUAUAACCUUUAUCCAUCCCUAAAAAUGUCAAACAAAACAUUGUAAACGAUACUGUCGAAUUAACACAAAUGCUACAAGCCAUGUUUUCACAGUAGGAAA